AUGGCUACUGCAGCGCUCCCCGAGAGCUCUCUGCUUUCACUUCUCUACCGUUCCUACCCCACCGCCAUCUCACCUGAUGCUACUGAGCUCGACCUCGCCCAAGCGACCCCCAAGAUCUUUUCGCACUAUACCUACACCGAUGCUGAGAAAGCAGCCAUCCAGCAAUGGCUAGCCACGAUACAGGGACUGACCAACGCCUCGACGAAGGGUGACACAGCCGUCAUUGAUUCCAUUUUGAAGGAGAUUAACACACACUUGGCUACACAGACGACAUUACUGGGCGCCAAACCUUCCGUCGCCGAUAUCGCAGCCUACGCUGUACUUGCUCCUCUAGUUGAAAAAUGGGACGUCGAACAACGCACUGGUGAGAAGGGCUAUCACUACAUCGUGCGACAUGUGGAUUUCGUGCAGAAUGGAUCUCUGUUUGCGCUCAGAAUUCCAGAAGAGGAGAAAGUUGUCAUCGACCUCGACGACGUUCGUUUCUUCCCCAAGGCGGCUGAUCCUAAAGAAGAGAAAGAGCGCAAGAAGAAGGAAAAGGCUGAGGCUCAAGCUGCCGCGAAAGAGUCUACAGUGGUGACUGGAUUGACCAAGGAGCGUGUACAGCAAGCCCCCGAAACUACAACAGAGGAGACUCCCGCCGCAAAGCGCGAGAGAGAGAAAAAGGAGAAGAAGGAAAAGAAAGAGAAACAAGCCAAACAGCCCAAAGCAGCUCCCGCCCCCGCAGCUCCCCCCUCGCCAUCCCUUAUCGACCUUCGUGUUGGCCACAUUCUCCGCGCCAUCAACCAUCCCAACGCCGAUUCGUUGUAUGUGUCGACUAUUGACUGCGGCGAUGCCCCCGGCAGUGACAAUACAUCUGUCGACGAGGAGACAGGCAAAACCGUCCGAACAGUUUGCUCUGGUCUGAACGGUCUUGUGCCAUUGGAGGAAAUGCAGGGUCGCAAGGUCGUUGUUGUUUGCAAUUUGAAGCCCGUCACUAUGCGUGGCAUCAAGUCCGCCGCCAUGGUGCUCGCUGCAUCCCCCAAGGUCGCUGAAGGUGAAGAUUCACAUGCCGGUCCCGUCGAGUUGGUCAACCCUCCUGCAGAUGCCCCUGCUGGUGAUCGCGUGUUCUUCGAGGGCUGGAGUGUCGGUGAGCCCGAGAAGCAACUCAACCCUAAGAAGAAGAUUUGGGAGACCUUCCAGCCUGGAUUUACGACUACAGACGGCUUGGAAGUUGGAUUCGAUAGCACACAGGUUCCUUCUUUAUCGAGCGUAGGGACUGCUGCUACUGCUGCUACAUUUGGAAAGCUUGUUGCCAAGUCUGGAGGUGUAUGCACUGUGAAGAGUCUCAAGGGAGCCACCGUCCGAUAA